AUGGACCUGAACCAUCCCCUACUAGCUUCGGCUGUCGACCUCCUCCCUCCCUUCCCUUCCUCUCACCCUCAGAUUCAGCGACUAGAUCGCUCCCUCUACUGUCAGAUAUGUAAAGAGCUCUUCUCCGGGCCUGUUUCCAUUCCCUGCGGUCACUCAUUCUGCUCUCGGUGCAUCCGUGGAUCUCUCGAGGUGAUGAAGAAAUGUCCUAGCUGCAAUGAGUCCGCUUCCGAAGGUUCCAUCAGACGUAAUCGAGCAUUGGAAGAGAUAGUAGACUCCUGGGAAGAAGCUCGACCUAUCAUACAUGGUUUGACCUCCAACAAUAGUCGAAAACAAUCUACCAAAAGACCACGGAAAGAGAGUACGAGUAGGAGUGUCAGCCCAGUCAAGCAGAGCUCCGAUAAGAAGGAGGAGAUAGAUGGCGAUGAGGAUGACAUGAUUGCUCUGGACCCGUAUACCAACAUGGCAGAAUCAAGCGAAGAUGUCGAGGCAUCAUGCCCGUUAUGCGAUAUCAAUAUGCCAAUAGGAGAUAUCAGUAGGCACAUUGACCUCGGUUGUCAACCUAUCAAGCCGAGACCCAAAAAUCAGCGUCGUGAGAACCAAAAAGCAAAUUGGAAAAAGGUAUUUUCAGGAGCGGGACUUGUGAAAGGGAAAGAUAUGGAAAUGAAGAAGAUCACAAAACCGAAUUAUUCCCUGGCUGCUCCAGCAGAAUUGCGUAGUUUACUUCAAUCUUACAGUCUGUCUACUUUUGGAGACAAACCCGCCCUCGCCCACCGGGUUCAAGAAUGGAUCUUGCUCUACAAUUCCAACCUCGACACGUCUCAUCCCAAGUCCCUCGGCGCUCUACGAGCUAAGCUCAACGAAGCUGAAGCUUCCAGACGACGAGACAAGGAAAAAGGAAGGGAAGAAAUGGUCUCGGGGCUCAAGACGAGUGACGGUCUGGCGAAAUAUGCACAGGAUACAAAAGGAGAGUUUGAACGUCUACGAAGGGAGAUAAUGGAGAGGGAUAAGAAACGUGUAGGAAGUGGAGCUGAAGCUCCUAUCGAGAUUGAGUGA